GUGGCAAAAUGUUUCUUCGGGCGUACGCGGCUGCGUCAUUUCCCGGAAAAGCAACCGUCUCAACACGGAAGUGUUGGAAAGAAAACAAAUAACCGUUUGUUUUAUUUUUGGACUCGAGUAAAAGUCGUUGAAUUCUCCCUGAGCGCCGUUGAAUUCCCAGACUCCCGUGUCGUCGCUGACGAGUGAAGUUAACGAUGGAUUUUCUGUUUGGGAGGAGGAAGACUCCAGAGGAGAUGCUUAGGCAGAAUCAGAGGGCGCUUAACAGAGCCAUGAGAGAACUGGAUCGAGAGCGAAUGAAACUGGAGCAACAGGAGAAGAAGAUCAUUGCUGACAUAAAGAAAAUGGCCAAACAGGGACAAAUGGAUGCAGUGAAGAUUAUGGCCAAAGAUCUGGUUCGUACGCGGCGCUAUGUCAAGAAGUUCAUCAUGAUGAAAGCCAACAUUCAGGCCGUCAGUCUGAAGAUCCAGACGCUCAAAUCCAACAACAGUAUGGCACAGGCCAUGAAAGGUGUCACCAAAGCCAUGGCCACCAUGAACAGACAGCUAAAACUGCCUCAGAUUCAGAAGAUCAUGAUGGAGUUUGAGCGACAAAGUGAAAUCAUGGACAUGAAAGAGGAGAUGAUGAACGACGCCAUCGAUGACGCCAUGGGUGACGAAGACGAUGAGGAGGAGAGCGACGCCAUUGUGUCCCAAGUGCUGGACGAGCUCGGUCUCAAUCUGUCCGAUGAACUUUCAAGUCUUCCGAGCACCGGGGGAAGCUUGUCGGUGGCGGGAGGGAAGAAGGCAGAGCCCCAGGCUGCCCUGGCCGAUGCAGACGCAGACCUGGAGGAGCGUCUGAAUAACCUGCGGAGAGACUGAAGCUGUCCGAGAGACGAGCUGUGGAGAUUUUGUCAACACAAAUAUACUCAAAUCUGAGUCUAGAUUCAUUUUGAAGGUGUAACAGUCCAGCUGUCUCACAAAGAGGCUGUUAUUAAGGUCUGUGGCGCUGUUUGAGUUUUUUUUCCCCCCCAUUUAAUGUGUCUAUUGUGUAUCUUAUCAAAAGAAAAACUAUUAUAAAGGUAAAAAAUUCUCCAUAGGUUUAGUAAAUUCUCAACUAAUUCAAAACUCUGCCAAAUAAACAGUGACUUCAUUAUCUGUGUAAAUACUAACCUCAAAGCAUGUUUUCAGUUUUAAUGAACACUAAAAUAUUUAAAGAAAACCAAAAAUAACGGUAAUAUUAAAGAAAAUCAUAUUUUAUAUGAUUUCCUUUCGCAGAUGUCGGUGUUUUGUACCUGAGGCUGGAUUGGUGUACUUUCUAUCAUCAUCAAAACAUUUUCAGCAUUUUUAAUAUAUUUCCUGAAGAGGCUGAAAGUUGUUAAAUGUGAUCAUAAGUUGGUCUGACAUUCGUACCUGAGUGGUUUAUUUUCUAAGUGAUAUUGGAAACACUCCUGCAUUUUGCCUGGUGACUCUGAGGGUGAUGACGCAGAGAUCAGCAGCAUUUGUCACCAAAAGGAUUCACUGGUGUUUAUUUUUGAGAAACUGUCCUUUUCUUUAUUCAAUAAACUUUUUGUUUUCCAGUUUUGAAAAGAAAAA